GCCGCGGCCGCGGGAGGCGGCGCCGGCUCAGGCUCCGCGGCCGCCGGGGUGGCAGCGGCGGUGGCUCCUCGGCGCCUCUCUCCCGCGGGCGGCUCUCCUGCGCGCUGCCCCGCGCGCCCCGCAGCCGCGCCGGGACACACGGGGGCGGCCCGGCGAUGGCCCGCGCUCCGGGGCCGGGCGGGCGCGCACCGGGGCGCCGGACGGCGCGGCCCGAGUGAGCCGGGGCCGACCUCCCGCCUCCGGCCGGGGCAGCCCGGGAUGGCCGUGCCGCCGAUCCGCCGGGCGCUGCUGCUGUGGCAGCUGCUGGCGGCGGCGGGCGGCGCGGCGCUGGAGAUCGGCCGCUUCGACCCGGAGCGCGGGCGCGGGCCGCCGCCGUGCCAGGCGGUGGAGAUCCCCAUGUGCCACGGCAUCGGCUACAACCUCACCCGCAUGCCCAACCUGCUGGGCCACACGUCGCAGGGCGAGGCGGCCGCCGAGCUCGCCGAGUUCGCGCCGCUCGUGCAGUACGGCUGCCACGGCCACCUGCGCUUCUUCCUGUGCUCGCUCUACGCGCCCAUGUGCACCGACCAGGUCUCCACGCCCAUCCCCGCCUGCCGGCCCAUGUGCGAGCAGGCGCGGCUGCGCUGCGCGCCCAUCAUGGAGCAGUUCAACUUCGGCUGGCCGGACUCGCUCGACUGCGCCCGGCUGCCCACGCGCAACGACCCGCACGCGCUCUGCAUGGAGGCGCCCGAGAACGCCACGGCCGGCCCCGCGGAGCCGCACAAGGGCCUGGGCAUGCUGCCCGUGGCGCCGCGGCCCGCGCGGCCCCCCGGGGAGGAGGCGGCCCCGGGCCCGGGCCCCGGCGGCGGCGGCACCUGCGAGAACCCGGACAAGUUCCAGUACGUGGAGAAGAGCCGCUCCUGCGCGCCGCGCUGCGGCCCGGGGGUCGAGGUGUUCUGGUCGCGGCGGGACAAGGACUUCGCGCUCGUCUGGAUGGCCGUGUGGUCCGCGCUGUGCUUCUUCUCCACCGCCUUCACCGUGCUCACCUUCCUGCUGGAGCCGCACCGCUUCCAGUACCCCGAGCGCCCCAUCAUCUUCCUCUCCAUGUGCUACAACGUCUACUCGCUGGCCUUCCUCAUCCGCGCCGUGGCCGGCGCCCAGAGCGUGGCCUGCGACCAGGAGGCGGGCGGCGCGCUCUACGUGAUCCAGGAGGGCCUGGAGAACACGGGCUGCACGCUUGUCUUCUUGCUGCUCUACUACUUCGGCAUGGCCAGCUCGCUGUGGUGGGUCGUGCUGACGCUCACCUGGUUCCUGGCGGCCGGCAAGAAGUGGGGCCACGAGGCCAUCGAGGCCCACGGCAGCUACUUCCACCUGGCGGCGUGGGGGCUGCCGGCCCUGAAGACCAUCGUCAUCCUGACGCUGCGCAAGGUGGCCGGGGACGAGCUCACCGGGCUCUGCUACGUGGCCAGCAUGGACGCGGCCGCGCUCACGGGCUUCGUGCUGGUGCCCCUGUCCUGCUACUUGGUGCUGGGCACCAGCUUCCUCCUGACGGGCUUCGUGGCCCUCUUCCACAUCCGCAAGAUCAUGAAGACGGGCGGCACCAACACGGAGAAGCUGGAGAAGCUCAUGGUCAAGAUCGGGGUCUUCUCCAUCCUGUACACGGUGCCUGCCACCUGCGUCAUCGUGUGCUACGUCUACGAGCGCCUCAACAUGGACUUCUGGCGCCUGCGGGCAACGGAGCAGCUGUGCUCCCCAGCCAGCGUGCCAGGCGGCCGGAGGGACUGCUCGCUGCAGGGGGGCUCGGUGCCCACCGUGGCCGUCUUCAUGCUCAAAAUCUUCAUGUCGCUGGUGGUGGGCAUAACCAGCGGCGUCUGGGUGUGGAGCUCCAAGACUUUCCAGACCUGGCAGAGCCUGUGUCACCGCAAGAUGGCAGCUGGCCGGGCCCGGGCGAAGGCCUGCCGGGCCCCAGGAGGCUAUGGCCGUGGCACCCAUUGCCACUACAAAGCUCCCACCGUGGUCUUGCACAUGACUAAGACGGACCCCUCUCUGGAGAACCCCACACACCUCUAGGUACACAGGCCUACUCAGGGCGGCUGUUGCCCCCUCCUCUACCCGCCCUCCCCUGUGGAGGAGACAGCUGACUAGCAGCUGCCCAGCUGUCAAGGUCAGACAAGUGAGUGCAAGGGGGCCGAGGACCAGGGCAGGGAGACUCUCCUUCGCCCUCACGUGUGAGGACCCAGUGAGGCUCACGCCCCUGUGGCCUAGAGCAGGGGGUGGGCCUGCCUAAGUCCCCACAGGGCCCCCAGGGAGUAUGGGGAGAAGGGGCAGAAAGGGGCAUGGUCCAGCAGGGAGUUUAUUUAAUGAUGUAAUUUAUUGUUGAGUUUCUCUGGAAGCUGUGACUGGAAUAAACCCCCAUGUGGCA